UUUCAGAGGAAGGGGGAAAUGUCUAACCAAACGUCCACCACUGAAUUUUUACUCUUGGAGUUCUCAGAUGUGCGAGAAUUGCAGAUUGUUCACUUCGUUGUGUUCCUGGCUGUGUACUUGGCUACAGUUACAGGAAAUCUUCUUAUCAUCUCUGUAGUAGCUUUUGAUCAACAUCUUCACACCCCCAUGUACUUCUUUUUGAUGAACUUAGCCAUGACAGACAUUGGCUCCAUUUCUGUCACCAUACCCAAAUCCAUGGUCAAUUCCCUCAUGAAUACCAGAUUGAUUUCCUAUUCUGGGUGUGCCGCUCAAGUUUAUUUUUUUCUGCUCUUUGCGGCAUCAGACUACACUCUUCUCACAGUAAUGGCCCAUGACCGCUAUGUGGCUAUCUGCAACCCACUACGCUAUGAGACGAUUAUGAAUAAAGGAGCAUGUAUUCAAAUGGCAGCCAGUGCGUGGCUUAGUAGCCUUUUCUAUGCUGUACUGCACACUGGUACCACCUUCACCAUGACUUUCUGCUCCAAUAAUGUGGAUCAGUUUUUCUGUGAGGUCCCACAGUUAGUAAAGAUCUCUUGCUCGGAUUUAUACCUAGUUGAAAACACACUUCUUGCAUUAAGCGUUACAGUAGCAUUUGGCUGCUUUAUAUUUGUAGUCAUAACUUAUGUGCAGAUCUUCAGUACGGUGCUCAGAAUCCCCUCAUCACAGGGAAGGCAAAAGGCCUUCUCCACUUGCCUUCCCCAUCUCAUUGUUUUCUCCAUGUUCUUAUUUGGUGGAAUGCUUGUCUACCUCAGACCUAUACCUCACCCCUCUUCACAAACCAACCUGGCAUUUGCCGUCAUAUAUUCUGUAGUCCCACCCAUGAUGAAUCCUGUGAUCUACAGCAUGAGAAACAAGGACAUUAAGCUUGCCAUGUGUAAACUUUUACACUUGAAGUAG